AUGGAUCGGGACGAGUACCGGCGUCGUGGGAAGGAGCUGGUGGAUUACAUCGCUGAGUAUCUGAGCACGUUGAGGGAGCGCCGCGUCUGUCCCGAUGUGAAGCCCGGCUACUUGGCCCUGCUGCUCCCAACCUCCCCACCCCAGGAGCCUGAGGCUUGGAGCAGCAUCUUCAGUGACGUCGAGAGGCUCAUCAUGCCCGGGCUGGUCCACUGGCAGAGCCCACACAUGCACGCGUACUUUCCCGCUCUCACGUCCUGGCCCUCGCUGCUCGGCGACAUGAUGGCAGACGCCAUCAACUGCCUGGGCUUCACUUGGGCCUCGAGCCCCGCCUGCACGGAGCUGGAGAUAAGCAUGAUGAACUGGCUGGCGGUGAUGCUGGGGCUCCCUGAUCACUUCUUGCACCAUCACCCCAACAGCAGUGGGGGUGGAGUGCUGCAGAGCACAGUCAGUGAGUCAACAUUGGUCGCCAUGCUGGCUGCGAGAAAAGCAAAGAUCGCGGAGCUGAAAUCCAGUGACCCUGGUGCGGAAGAUGCUGUGCUCGCCUCCCGACUUGUCGCAUAUGCCUCUGACCAGGCUCACUCUUCGAUAGAGAAAGGAAGAUUGAUCACUUUGGUAAAACUCCGCUUACUAGAGACUGAUGAGGACUUCUCUCUACGAGCUAAGACCCUGAUCCAAGCGUUGGAAGCAGAUCGAAAACGUGGACUUGUUCCGUUCUUUCUCUGUGCCACAUUGGGAACAACUGGUGUGUGUGCCUUUGAUUGCCUAAGCGAGCUUGGACCCCUCUGCGCCCAGGAGGGGGUCUGGCUUCACGUGGAUGCUGCGUACGCGGGGACCGCCUUCUUGUGCCCCGAGUUCCGCACACACCUGCGGGGCGUGGAGUGGGCCGACUCCUUCACCUUUAAUCCUGCCAAGUGGAUGAUGGUUCACUUCGACUGCGCGGCCUUCUGGGUCAAAGACAAGUGGAAACUGCAGCAGACUUUCGGGGUGAACGCCGUGUACCUCCAGCACCCCAAUUCGGGAACGACCGUGGACUUCAUGAACUGGCAAAUCCCGCUGAGCCGCCGAUUCCGAUCGCUGAAACUCUGGUUUGUGAUCCGCUCGUUCGGGGUGCUCGGGCUACAGGCACACGUCAGGCAUGGUACAGAGAUGGCAAAGUACUUCGAGUCCUUGGUUAGAAGUGAUUCACGUUUUGAAAUCCCAGCCAAGAGACACCUUGGGUUGGUGACUUUUCGUUUAGAGGGAACAAACAGUUUGACUGAAGAACUCCUGCAAGAACUCAUCCAAUCGGGCACCAUGUACUUAGUCCCAGCCACCAUCAACAAGCUCUUCAUCAUCCGCUUUACCGUCACUUCUCAAUUCACCACCAGUGGAGACAUUCUGCGAGAUUGGAAUAUCAUCCAGCAAAGUGCAGACAAAGUCCUAACAAGAAAUCCCCAACAUUAGAUGACCUCUUGAGCGAUGGAUUGGCCAAGUGCUAGAUUUUGACAGCUUUCUACAAGGAGCCACAUAAAAAGUAAUUGCACGCGAGGUUCAGGUUAAUAUAGUGUCAUGGGUCGGGGACUGGUUUUAGGAUAGAGGGGUAGGGUAAGUGGGUCAGAAGAACAUAAGAAACAGGAGCCGGGCUAUCUGCUCCUUCAAGCCAGCUCCACCAUUCGCCAAGAUCACGGCUGAUCUUCCACUUCCAACACUUCCACAGCACUGUCCCCACAUCCGCUGCUUCCUGUUCGAUCCACAAAUCUAUCAACCCGUCUACUGAGUGAACAGUGAAUGAAUUCCACUGCCCAUCAGGACAGAACAUACCAAAGAUUUCUUAACUAUUAAGUAGUUCCUCCUUACCUCAAUCUUAAGUAGUUGUUCCCUUAUUCUUAAACUGUGCUCGCUGGCUUUAGACAGUUCACACAGGGAAAUAAAUGUUCUUAAAUCUAGACAAUCGGCUCACAGCACCAUGGAUCCAGCAUCACCGAUGUCCGAUACAGUCACAGUAAGACUUUGUCUCUUGCAAUCAAAUCCUCUCAUUGUAAUGACCAACAUAUCAUUUGCUGUUCCAGGCACUCGUGUUGGCCUUCAGUAACUUGUGUAAAAGUACACCUGCGGCUCUCCAAACAUCAACGUACCCACCCCCUCGCUGUUCAACAACUAUGCACUUUUACUGCUUGGUGCAACAGACUCUCAUUUUCUACAUUAUAUUCCA